AUGCACUGGUCCAAUAAUAUUAUGAUGAAAUAAUAUGAAAACCGUGCUUUUGUUUACAUUUAUUUGUAUCGUGGAGUCGACCUUAUCAAACAUGACUCAACGCCUCAUCCGCUCAUGCGAAAUUUGCAAGCUUCCAGUCAACUUUCCGUCUUAGUACAGUGAAGUUCUUAGCAACAGAAAGUUCUAUAAAAUCAUCCAAAUCAUCUCGUAAGACACUUCAUUAGUUCGCACUAUGGAUAAUAACAAUAAACUGGCUGUCGCCAUCAGAAGACGAUUCAUUCCAUAUAAAUUGACAGAUGAUCAAAUUGCUGAAAUUUGCAAAGUAAUUAAUGCAUUUCAUAAACACAACAAAAAUGCAUUCCAAGAAAUGGUUAAUCAAAUGGAUGAUGACUUACUCUCUCUUAGUGGCAAAUAUUUACGUGAUAAUAAUAGUCCGAUAGAAAGUGACAUGGAAAAUAUCUUUCAUCAUACUUUAUUACGCAUGCGGUUUUACACUACGUGCACUUCUGUUGAAAAUGCAAUAACUAGCAAGGAUAAAAUAAAAGAGAAAGAAGAACAAAAAAAGAUGGAAGAAGAAAAGAUAUUGGAAUAUCUUCAGAAACAUUUGACUUCAAUUUCAACCUGGGAAGGUUCCACAACUUCAAUGCUACUAUAUCACGUAAAACAAGCUACAUUUUUUGCAUACCAAGUGAAAUUCUUCUCUAAUUAUAAAAAGCUACCAUGGAAUAAGCUCGUCUUUUACAUGCAACAAUAUUAUAAAUAUUUCACUUCACCAGAUAAAAUUCAUUUACUACAAAUUGGAUAUAUUUCAAUCAAAAAUUUAAAAACCUGCGUUGACUUAUUUAAAAAUUCUAUUGAGAAUUUGAAAAACAAAAUUCCAAUUUCGAAAAAAAAACCAUCGUCAAAAAAACCCAACGGACUUCAAAGUAAUUUAGAUACAAAAGCGGAUGCUGAAAACCCAAUUAAUGAUUUAUAUAACAACAUCAGAGAUAUUUAUGUGCUGGAAAAAAUGGAGAUGAUUUUGGAAGGCAUUACAUUAAAAUCUAUACAUAGUAAUUUACGCCAAUUGCAAGUACUUGGCGAAAACAUCAAAAGCACUGAAUUGUCGCCAAAUAUUUCUCAAACUCUGCUAGGCUAUCUCGACGAGUAUUUUACGAAGGAUUGUAUUCAAGGAUUAAAGAAGCUAAGAAAUACAAUAUCUCAUUUAUCCCGUCUUCCACAGUUGAGUGAUGAAGUUACUAUGGAAAUUAAAUUACUUCUGUGUGAAAUCUCUUUUGUUUUCCAUUCUAUAAUACCGAAUUACCGAUCAAUACUCGCGAAUAAAAUUAAGAAUGUGAAUACAAUUGAUGUUGAAUUGCCAUGUUGUUAUACUUUACUAAAUACAGCUAAUUUAUCAUCAGCUUUAGCAAAAGAUUUGAAUUUCACUUCAUAUCCAUUCAAGGCAAAACCACCUAUAGAAAGAAUCGACAGAAUUCAAGUUGAGUUAGACAAGACUGACACAAUUGAAUACAGUUAUUGUUUGGAAAUGUUGGAACAUAUUUUAAAAUGCACUCCAGUUGAUCAGAGAGAACUUGAAAUAGUACUGUUGAUAAUGUUGAAGAAUUUAGAUGAAGAACAACACAUAUUGAACCAAAAUAACGAAUGGUUCCUUGAUAAAUAUCCAAUUUUGACUGGAAAACAACUCAGAAAUCACCUCGCGCAUGGUGAUCCUAUUGUGGAAUUGCUAGGCAUAGAUACAAAGAUGGCUGUUAAUGAUACUGCAAGACUACUCACUGAAAAUAAUGAACAGAAAGACCAGAGAAUUCAAAAAAUAACGGAAAGUCUACCAAUUAAUGAUUUACAUAUCCUGGAUACACCAGAGUUAAACAGAUUAAGCAAAAUGGCGAAUUUAUUUGAGAGUAUUCUCAAUGGUACUUUAGAAAAAGUACAAACUGUAUUAGACACUAUUGAUGAAGAGUGGAUCGAGUGGCGGAAUCCAUCCAACUUUAACAUGUUGCAGCUUGCUGCACAAAACCGAAAUGAUGAUUUGGAACUGUUUGAGUUCAUUUAUAAUAACACUCAUGAUCUAUUUCUUGUACUUGAUGAUAGACAAUAUACAAUUGCUCAACUUGGUGAAUCAGUGGGAAAUGUCAGGAUAGUGAAACGCAUUUAUGAGAUUGUCAUUUGUUACUUCCUUGCGGAAGCCUGUAAUUUACCAAUUAAUAUGGCUGCAACUUUCAGCGAUUACAAUAUCUCCAAUGUAAAGGAUAUUGUCCAAUUUCUGGCAAGUAGGAAGAAACGCUACAUAAUGGAAAUGGAAUGGAAUUUCUGGACGUGUUUGAGUAUAUAUGGAAUAUGUUGUGAUGACGAUUCAUAUCUUCAGAAAAUAACACAAUUGUUAUAUUAUAAAACAUUUAAGGAUAUUGAUGAAACUUCACCUACAUGCCAUACUGCAUGCAUUUUUGGAGCUACGAAUGUGGUGCAAUAUCUAAUCAAUACUGGUUAUAAUCUAAACCUUGCUACGAAUAAAAAUGAAACUGCAUUAGCAAUGGCAAUCGAGUACAAAAGAAACGAUAUUAAAUUAUUGUUACUUAAAAACGGAGCAGCGGUUUAUGAUGAACAUCUUAACAAUGAGGAUAAAACAUUAAUUGCAUCUCUGAACAGUGAAAGACAUCAGGAAUUGUGGGAAUGUAUUAAACUUGGGGACGUCAAUUGCUUUCAGAAGUUUUUAAUCAAUGGUCGCGAAUUAUUAGGCCCUACCCGAAUGGCUGAUGGAUGGAAUUGUAUGCAUUUUGCUGUUUUAAGUGAUAAUCCUGAUAUGAUAAAGGAAAUAUAUCUACAAUUCCCUCAUUUACUCAACACAUCCGAUAAAAAUAGAAAGACACCAUUGGACUUAGCGAUCGAGCGAAAUUGUUAUCCAGUUUUAGAUAUAAUUUUGCAACUGAUUAUAACUGAUUGUUUUAUACGACCUGUAUCUUUCCAAAUACUUGUCCAAAGCAUCGACCAAUUAGGCAAUGACUACAACAUUUCAGAAUCUGUAUUAAGCAGAACAUUAUUUGCAAUAGAAACGCACGAUUGUUUUUAUAUUCAAUAUUGGGCAACAAUAUUACUCAGAAAAUUUUGGAAAAAGAACAACACACCCCAGAACAAAUCAAAUCUUUAUACGUCUUUCUUUCGGUCUACGUUGUCGCCGUUUGAUGAUGAAAUUACUAUGCCGAUAACAUAUGAACGCAUACAUUUAUUCAUUGACGUCUUCAUGUGCAAUGAUUCCUUGCAGGUGCAUUACGAAGAUAUGCAAAGCAAGUUUCAGCAAUUAUUGCAUAUGAUAGACAUGUGCCCUCCACUAGGUCCUAUUUUUAAUGAGAUUAUAGUGCGAUUGGGAAAUGCUGAUUUUACAAUUUUUUACGUUCCAAUAUUGGCAAGAAUUGCUCAUUAUGCUUUCGAGACCCUUUCCGAGAAUCUACCGAUUCAACGUUUUGCAAUUAAACUGGUAGAUGUAGCAGGUAAAAAUGGAUUUCGGCCGCCACUAACUGCUGAUGAGCUUCGUGCUCCGUUACAUAAAACUUUGUCGUUGUCCCAACAGGAUGAUGCCAUUAAAUUAUGUGCCAAAAUAUAUGUGGAGUACUUUCUCAGUGGUGAACUAACUUCAGAAAAGAUUGGAAACCAAAUACAAAACGACAUCAAUUGUUGGGGCCUUGAGGAGGAUGUGAUGAGAAAGUUCCUGACUGGAAUUGAAGCAUGUGGUACAAUUAAAAUAGUAACUGUAAAUCAUUAACAAUGUAAGCAAUGCAUCCACCAAUAUCGGCUGCCAGUGUUUGGAUCCCGUCCCAACCACCAGUAUUUACAGGCGCGUAGCAGUGCAUCUUCCCCCACUGCUAUAUUCGGGUAGUGCGUAACUAUAAGGGGGCAACCAGCGGUAGUUCUCUGGAUUUCUCACUCUUCCUUUUCGUAACUUCAAUUUGGAUCGCGCAUAGGAUACGUACACCUUUCCAUUUCUACAGCACGGCGUAUUUCCCACUGUGGUAAAACAAAACUUGUUAGUAAAUAUUUGAAUCGAAAAAUUUUGUAUUUUCAAAAAACUUAUUUUUCAACAUCUAUCAAAGUAAAUUGCAUAUUGCGCCUUAAUUAUUAGUAUUAAGAAACUCUAUCACAAUCUAUGUGUCUGGCACAAUUGACUUGUACAAACUGUAAUUUCAUAUCUUAAUUAGUAAAAUGGAUUUCGAAACUUAA